CAUAGUUAAGCUAUUCCGCCAUUUUUGAUGAAGGCACUCCUCUUUCACUCUUUCCCCUCCUCCCCCGCCCGUUCAUUAAUUCCACUCACAAGACUUCUUUCCGCCGUCCAUUGCCGGAGCUCCGUUCGUUCAUUGGCAGUCAUGGCCGGCACCAUUCCUUCUAAUGAAGCAUCUCCGCCGGAGCACUCAGCUGGCACGUGGUACUCCGUGCCGGAGCUCCGGCUCCGAGACCAUUACUUCUCUGUGCCUCUCAAUUACUCUCUAGAUCACUCUUCUCCCAAGAUCUCCGUUUAUGCGCGGGAAGUUGUUUCAGUGGGGAAAGAAGAGCAACCAAUGCCAUACCUUGUAUACUUACAAGGUGGACCUGGAUUUGAGUGUCCGCGACCUACUGAAGCAAGUGGAUGGAUACAAAAAGCAUGUGAAGAAUUUCGUGUUAUAUUGAUGGACCAGCGGGGAACAGGAUUAUCGACUCCUUUGUCUCCAUCGUCCAUGUCGCAAUUCCAAAGUGCUGAGGACUUGGCCAACUACUUGAAACAUUUUCGAGCUGAUAACAUAGUGAAUGAUGCUGAAUUCAUUAGGACUCGUCUUGUUCCUGAUGCUGCACCUUGGACCAUUUUGGGUCAGAGCUAUGGUGGGUUUUGUGCAAUUACGUAUUUGAGUUUUGCACCAAAAGGAUUGAAACAAGUCCUCAUAACUGGAGGAAUCCCUCCAAUAGGGAAUGGAUGCACGGCAGAUUCUGUAUAUAGAGCAUGCUUUGAAAAGAUUAUUAUUCAAAAUGAAAAAUACUACAAGAGGUAUCCUCAGGAUGUCAAAAUCGUCCAUGAAGUUGUGAAAUACUUGGAGGAGAAUGGAGGCGGGGUUCCUCUUCCCUGUGGUGGUAUCCUGACUCCUAAAGGGCUGCAAACUCUUGGGCUUUCUGCUUUAGGAUCUAGUACAGGUUUCGAACGCAUGCACUAUUUGUUUGAGAGAGUAUGGGAUCCUAUAAUAGUUCCUGGAGCACCAAAACGAAUCAGUUAUUUCUUCCUCAAUGCUAUCAGUGGCUGGCUCUCACUUGAUUCAAAUCCUCUUUAUGGUCUCAUGCACGAGUCAAUAUAUUGCCAGGGCGCCUCGUCUCGCUGGUCUGCUCAAAGAAUAAGGAAUGAACUGGAGAACAAAUUCGAUGCAACUAAGGCUGUAAAAGAAGGAUGUCCUGUGUAUUUCACUGGAGAGAUGAUCUUCCCGUGGAUGUUUGACGAGAUUCAUGCCUUGAAACCGUUCAAAGACGCCGCUAAUAUAUUGGCCGAGAAGGAGGAUUGGCCUCCCCUAUAUGACAUUGCUGCUCUUAAAAAUAACAAGGUCCCGGUCGCAGCAGCAGUUUACUAUGAAGAUAUGUACGUAAACUUCAAGCUGGCCAUGGAGACAGCUUCCCAAAUAGCAGGAAUCAGGCUGUGGGUUACUAAUGAAUUUAUGCAUUCUGGUCUGCGUGAUGGAGGGCCUCAAGUUCUGGAUCACUUGAUGGGAUUCUUAAAUGGAAAGAAGCCUUUAUUCUGAUGUUUUUUCUCUAAACUUUGUUGCUUUUCCUCAUAAUUAUUGGAUGCAGUCUUUGCCAUGACCUUUUCA